GAGCCCGGCCGCCGGAGCUCGCCGCCGCUGUGAAACUCUCAGGCUCGUCAUGCCGGGACUUGGCUGCCUCUUCCUGACCUGCUGCUGGCCGGGGCCCCCGGGAUGCUAGGCAGCCCCCCGGAGCCCGCCUGCCCCCCGUCGCCCCGAGACCGUGCCGCUUCGGGGAGCCCCCGGCUGCUGCUGCUGCUGCUGCCGCCGAGUUGAGUUAAGAAGUCAUGGUGCUUGGGGAAGCCUCCCCCCCUCGGCCGUGCAGCGGCGGCGGCGGCUGGACACUUGGCGAUUGCUGUUGCUGGCUGCUGCUGCCGGUGAUGUUACUCAUCAUAGCCCGACCAGUAAAACUUGCCGCUUUCCCUACCUCCUUAAGUGACUGCCAAACGCCUACCGGCUGGAAUUGCUCCGGUUAUGAUGACAGAGAAAAUGAUCUCUUUCUUUGCGAUACCAAUACCUGUAAAUUUGAUGGGGAGUGUUUAAGAAUUGGAGACAGUGUGACUUGCGUCUGUCAGUUCAAGUGUAACAGCGACUAUGUACCGGUGUGUGGCUCCAAUGGCGAUACCUAUCAGAAUGAAUGCUACUUGAGACAGGCUGCCUGCAAGCAGCAGAGUGAAAUACUUGUGAUGUCGGAAGGAUCAUGUGCAACUGAUGCAGGCUCAGGAUCUGGGGAUGGAGUCAAUGAAGGCUCAGGAGAAACCAAUCAAAAAGAGACGUCCACUUGUGACAUUUGCCAGUUUGGGGCAGAGUGCGAUGAAGAUGCAGAGGAUGUUUGGUGUGUGUGCAACAUUGACUGUUCUCAGACCAACUUCAAUCCUCUUUGUGCUUCCGAUGGGAAAUCUUAUGAUAAUGCAUGUCAAAUCAAAGAAGCAUCAUGCCAGAAACAGGAGAAAAUUGAAGUCAUGUCUUUGGGUCGAUGUCAAGAUAACACAACUACUACCACAAAGUCUGAAGAUGGACAUUAUGCAAGAACAGAUUAUGCAGAGAAUGCAAAUAAACUGGAAGAAAGUGCAAGAGGGAUUUACAUUCCUUGUCCAGAACACUACAAUGGCUUCUGCAUGCAUGGGAAGUGUGAGCACUCUACUAAUAUGUUGGAACCAUCUUGCAGGUGUGAUGCAGGCUACACUGGACAACACUGUGAAAAAAAGGACUACAGCGUUUUAUAUGUGGUUCCAGGGCCAGUACGGUUUCAGUAUGUCUUAAUAGCAGCUGUGAUUGGAACCAUCCAGAUUGCUAUCAUCUGUGUUGUAGUCCUCUGCAUUACAAGAAAAUGUCCCAGGAGCAACAGAAUCCACAGACAGAAGCAAAACACAGGGCACUACAGUUCAGACAACACAACAAGAGCAUCGACCAGGUUAAUUUAAAGAGUGCAUGUUUCCACAAUGGCAAAUCUAACUGCAGAGAGCUUGGACUACAAAAUACAGUAUUAUAGACAAAAGAUUUAAACAAGAUCUACACAUGUUGCCUUGCAUUUGUGGUAAUCUACACCAAUGAAAACAUGUACUUACAGCUAUAUUUGAUUAUGUAUGGAUAUAUUUGAAAUAGUAUACAUUGUCUUGAUGUUUUUCUGUAAUGUAAAUAAACUAUUUAUA